UCUUUACAGACUUAGAACAUAAAUGUGCUGAAGCCUAUCAACCAUUACAGACUGGACAUCUGUAAAUAUUUUGGUCUUCUCUGGCCAUGUUGUACAAUUGGUGUUCCAUGAGAAAUUUGUCUUCAUGAAGAUUCCUAUUAUUGGUAAUGUGAUGAAUAAAUUUGAGAUCCUUGGGGUUGUAGGUGAAGGUAAGCAUAUAUUCAUGAAUAAAUUUAAUUGGGGUUUGAGAACAGAUGUGAGCAUAACUAGAAAGUUUCAUGACUCAAAAGAAAAUGAAGAGGUCAAAGAAACAACUUUACGAGAACUUAAAAUGCUUCGUACUUUGAAGCAGGAAAAUAUUGUAGAACUAAAAGAAGCUUUUAGAAGAAGAGGAAAAUUGUAUUUAGUGUUUGAAUAUGUAGAGAAAAAUAUGCUUGAGUUGCUGGAAGAAAUGCCAAAUGGAGUCCCUCCUGAAAAAGUAAAAAGUUAUACCUACCAGCUGAUAAAAGCAAUUCAUUGGUGUCAUAAAAAUGAUAUUGUUCAUAGAGAUAUUAAGCCAGAAAAUCUCCUAAUAAGCCACAAUGAUAUUUUGAAAUUGUGUGACUUUGGUUUUGCACGGAAUUUAUCAGAAGGUAACAAUGCAAACUAUACAGAAUACGUUGCCACCAGAUGGUAUCGUUCUCCUGAACUCUUGCUAGGGGCCCCUUAUGGCAAGUCUGUAGAUAUGUGGUCAGUAGGCUGUAUUCUGGGGGAACUUAGUGAUGGGCAGCCAUUGUUUCCUGGUGAAAGUGAAAUUGAUCAACUUUUUACAAUUCAGAAGGUAUUAGGACCACUUCCUGCAGAACAAAUGAAGCUUUUCUACAGCAAUUCCCGUUUCCAUGGCCUACGGUUUCCUGCAGUCAACCAUCCGCAAUCAUUGGAAAGGAGAUACUUGGGAAUUUUAAGUGGUUUUUUACUUGACCUUAUGAAGAACUUGCUGAAACUGGAUCCAGCUGACCGAUACUUAACAGAACAGUGUCUGAACCAUCCAUCAUUUCAAACUCAGAGGAUGUUAGAUCGUUCACCUUCACGGUCAACUAAAAGAAAGCCUUACCAUGGAGAUAGCAACACUUUAACUAGCAGAAAUCAAUCUGGCAAAGGUACCGCUGUGCAGUCUCAUCACAGAUCAAACAGCAAAGAAUUACAGAAUGUGGGACUGCAAAGAGAAGAUGCCCUUUCAACAAAUGAAAGCUUUUUAAAUGGAAAUCUCCCUGUAACCUCUCACAGUCCAAUGCUGUCAAAAAAGACAAACAAUAUUCCUUCAUCUGGAAGUAAGGAUCUAGCUAAUAACAACAUACCACAUCUUCUCAGUCCAAAAGAAGUAAAGACAAAAACUGAAUUUGAUUUUAAUUCCGAAGCCAAAACGUCAGAUGGUCCUGGUACUAAAUACCUGAAGUCAAAUUCCAGAUCACAGCAUAAUCGUCAUUCAUUUAUGGAGGGUUCACAGAACAAAACUGGCACACUACAACUGGGUGAAAGGCAUAGCCGUCACAGUUAUAUUGAUACUAUUCCACAAUCUUCAAAGAGCCCCUCAUAUCGCACCAAAUCAAAAAGUCAUGGAGCUCUGACUGAUUCCAAAUCUGUGGGUAAUUUGUCUGAAGCCAGAAUUCAAGUUUCAGAAUCAAAUAGCAGUAGGUAUUUUCCAUCCAGCUGUUUGGACUUAAACUCUCCUACUACACCAACACCUCCUCGUCAUGCUGACAGUAGAACUUUGCUCAGUCCUUCUGGGAGAAAUAACAGAAGUGAUGGUACACUGGAAUCACGAAGACCAUCUACAAGACAUUCCAAAACAAUGGAGGAAUUAAAAUUGCCAGAUCACAUGGAUGGAAACCAGUUACAUUCUGCAUCUGCUGCUCAUGAGUCUUUUUCUUAUGGUUUAGGCUACACGAGUCCUUUUUCUUCACAGCAGCGCCCUCAUAGACAUUCUAUGUAUGUGAGCCGGGACAGAGUGAGGACAAAGGGCUCAGAGGGUGGCUUAAGCGUAGGGCAAGGGAUGGCAGCCAGAGCAAACAGCCUGCAACUGUUAUCUCCACAGGUGCAGCAUAAAUCUCUUACAAGAUCUGUUGGCUCUUCACGUGAAGAUUGUACAGAAGAUUCCAAUAGGGGUGGAACAUAUCGUGAUCAACACCCAGAUGAUGGAGCCUCCACAAAAGAAAAUAGACUUCUGUAUAAUGAUUCUGUACCUCGAAGAGUUGGUAGUUUUUACAGAGUCCCAUCUCCACGCCCAGAAGGAACAUUUCUAGACAAUAGUGCCUCAAACAGAAUACCUGCAUUGCCUGCAGAAAGCAGUAAUGUAACAAGCCAUUCAAAGAGACAAACUGCUUUUGAUUCCUGGAAAAGUCCUGAAGAUACUCAUUCUGAACAACUAAAAGAAAAAGAAAAACAAAGUUUUUUCAGGGCAAUAAAAAAGAAAAAGAAGAAAUCUCAGUCAAUGCCUGGAAGCGAAAGUCAGGAUCUUUUGGCAAUACAAAAAGCUAUUCACACGUCUAAUCAUCCAGCCAGCAGGCAGAAGGACUGGCAUUCUGAAAAGAUGACAGAAAUCCAAGGACAUAGUCAGCCUCUAAAAUCUUUACGCAAGCUGUUACAUCUUUCUUCCACCUCCUCAAACCAUUCAGUUCCUUCUGAAGCCCGAUUCCAGCCUUUACCAAAUCAGCCAGCUAAAACCUCUUUUUCUGAAGUUCGAAUUCAUCCUAUGAGUCAAGCUUCCACUACCAGCAGCAACAACCUACGCCAAGAAUCUCAAUCAAAAGGCAGAGCAGCCCUCCAGAUCCCAAGCCAGAUGGAACCAAGCUGGCAUGUUUCCCCAGGGAACAGAAGUGCCAGUGAGACAUCAUCAUAUUCAGAUCAGAUAGCUUCGAAAAGUGGCCAAAAUGGGCAUACGUAUAAUCGAACAAACCGAUCUCGAAUGCCAAAUCUGAAUGAUUUAAAGGAGACAGCUUUGUAAUUGUAUCCAAGAAAGUGAUAUUACAGGGGUUGACUGAGGGAUAUGGCGAUGCCAGUGAUUGGAAUAAUGAUUGUAUUGCAGCUUUACAAAAGAGUGUGCAAUAUGGAGUAUGUAAAGCUACUACUACCACAUCAUUAGGGAUUGUAUAUCCAAAUGAACUUUAUAAAUUGCCAUUCACACAUUAUAAUAGCAAAAGAAUGUGCAAUUCAGGGAGAACAAACUAUUUGCCCUUUUCUCUCAGCUUACAUUCCAGCUUAAUAUGCACAUUUGUCUGAAAACUAUUUCGGCACUUUGGGGAAUUAAAAAAAAUAUUUAGAUGUAUGCCCUUUUAAAAAAUAUUGCUGCCUAAAUUUAAAAAAAAAACCUAAAUAGGGUUUAUGUGAUCUAUUUGUAUCUUUAGUAUGGUUUAAAGUUUUAGGUUUUUUUUGUUUUUAAAACUUCCAUAUUUGAUAAGAUUUGUAAUAUUUAUUAUCUAAUACCUUAUUGUUAUAUCACAUUUUAUGUUAUAACAUUAUUUGGAGCUGUAUGAAAAAUUAUAAUGAAGUGAAAACAGCUAUAAUAGUUUCUAUAAAAAUAACAUUUAUUACAUCAGGAAUAUUUUAUUAUAAAUAUAUAUGUAUGUGCGCGUAUGUGUAUGUGACUCUAUAUAUAUUUAUAUAAUAAAUAAUUGGUUUUUUUAAGAUAUUCACUUUAAAUAUCGUUAUGACACUAUCUGCCAUAUUUUUAUACAUUUGUGAUAUUAAGUGCAGUAUUAUACUUAACAAUAAAUAGGAACUAAAUAUGUAUUGAAGUAUAACAAUAUGAUUUUUACUCCCACCCUAGAUGCAGUGAUAUGGGCUAUAUCCACUGCUGAUCUUCUGCUGAUGAGAGGUUCAUGAUCCAAUAAAAGGAAUCAAGUGUGCUAUGUUGCUUCUCCUUGUGGCUCUCAUCCCCGCCCUUUUCUGCUAAUAAAAGCUUUUAAAAACUCAAAGAACCUUCUGUCAGUUGAACAACAACACUGAAUACAUCCCAUUAUAAUGCCACAAGUAAAACAAUUGUUUUAAGAUUUGCUGUAGACAUUUUGAUUGGGGUAAUAGAUUAAAAGCUAAAAACAUAAAAUAUGAACAACAGUGUUGCUUCCCUUAAAUGUAUAUAUAGCUUUCCCAUUCGUAUCAACGUGAAAUAAACAUUUGCAUAAUGGAGGUAGACAUCUAGUGUGCUUGCAAUCUUCCACCCAGGUAAACUGACUCAUACCAAGAAAGCAAAGCAGAUGCUCUUCCAUUUAAUACAUGGGGUGAAGACCAAAGAGCCACAGCAAGAGAUGCCAGUGGCAAACCAAAGUUGGCAUGACACAGCACUGUAAAUCAUGGUGUAAGGUUUUAACUUAACAUGGUAUCUGCACUUUGUUUGGAAUAGUAUUAAACAGAAAGUAAGAUACAAUACAGAAGUGUAAGAGAGACUGUCGUACUUCCAUUUUGCUUUUAAGGUUUUAUAAAAAGAUUGAUAUUUAAGAGAAAAAUCAUUUCUAAUGAAAUUUAAUCCCCCCAUAUCACUUAUAAGAAUAGUUCUGUGAACAUGUUUCACUCAUCCAGUGUAUGAUAUUUUCUAAUUUCUUAUCAAAUCUUAGGAUUUUUUAAAAUGGAGUGCUAAAUCUAGCUAAUAUUUAUUUGCUUAUA